AGGCGCGCGAGGCAUACUGGGUAGUGCUGGCGGCUCGCGAAUCAAAAUGGCUGAGGAGGGAAAUAUCCGCUCGCUCAUCGAAGCCUACUUUCACGAAGGAUUCGAAAACAGGGCUAUCGUAGAAACCCUGAAUCACAAGCAUGGUAUAAACAUCAGUACUUCGACACUCAAGCGCCGAUUAAAAAAUUAUGGCUUACGAAGGAAAGAUGCGAUUUCUGAUGGUAAACUCAUUGAAGCGAUUCGCGGCGAAAUGAUGUAUUCAAUAAACGGGGAACUUCCCGGGUACCGAAACAUUUGGAAAUCUCUGAGAAGAAAACACCAUAUUCACGUAACAAGAAGACGUGUUGCCUUCAUAGUAAGAGACCUUAAACUACAAAUAAAAGAUCAAGUGAUGCCACAAACAUACGAUGAAUGCAGCGAAGAGUUGAAGAAUAAAUCUGAGACUGACAAGAAAGCUUGUAAAACGAUACCUAAAUUGAGUAUGGUAGUAAAUGAGCAAGACACUUCAAGAGCUCCAACGCGCGGGAGAGCAUCAACAAGUGAGACAGCAUCUCAAGUAACUAGAGAUGGUCGAGGGCUUAUAGAGGAAGAGUGUACGAGAGAAAGAAAGCGUGGAUUUCCUUACAGUGCAGACUCUCGUUUGCAAUUUUCUGGGUUAAGGAGGACCACUGAUGUGUUUCAAAUGCAAUGGGAGAGAAAUGGAGCUGAGAUUAGGAAACACGAAAUACCAGGAGAGAAAGGAGAGAGUGAAAACAGCCUCCAAACAGCCAAUUUUAUACCUCACAAGGUUGCCAGAAUUGAAGAGAAAUGCAGGGCUUUACAAAAACCGGUAGCAAAAGUUACGGAAGCGACCCAUGCUGCACACCGGUAUAGUGCCAACACAGGGUUACCAGCUGGAGAGAUACCAUACGAUUUUUCACACGAAGCCACAGGUCAUGUAUCACAUGAAGUAACACAGAAAGGAGAAACGUCUGUGAUGGCACAUGAGAACAAUGACACAGAGAUGUCACAUCCUGGCCACAGGCACAGAGAAAAAACGUCAAUAUACAGUACCAUCAGCAAGACAAUGAUACGCGAGAACACAGCUAAUGAGAACGUGUCACAAAGCACAACAUCAAACAAGAAAACCAUCAGUAAGUAUGCAGGGCAAGUGUCAGAUCAAAACCUGCUUUGUCAUGGGCACGACAUGUUACAGAGGGAUGUGCCGAAUAGCGAGGGAAUUUUGCAGAAACCAUCUCAGCGUGAGGACGAAGUCAUAAGGGGAAGAGAAAACAUUCUAAGAGAUGUAAAGGCCUAUCGGAACACCGAAAAUUGUGUAGAAAACCCUCAAGCACCUGGCGAUGAAAUUAUGUUGGAUUUUGCUGCUGUGAUCAGCGAAAUGCUGCAGAAGGUAGAAAAUGAUGACUCUUCUGACUCAGAUCCCGAAGGUUGUUUAGUGCUGCCGGGAAAUGAGAUGGCGGUAAACCCUAAUAUCCAAGUUAUAAAUACCACGCCUCGAGCAAAGGUUUCAGCGGAAGACAGAGUAUCGCCGGACCAGGAAAUUAACGAUGGUGUAGGCUUUCCUGAUGAAGUCCAAGUACAAGAGACCGUUCAAGAAGAGAAUAGACUUCACACAUGUGAAAAGUGCGGCUUGAGUUUCGAAAUUUGGGAUGAACUGAAAGAGCAUGUGAAAGUUAGCCAUGAAAAGGUGAAAAUCUAUGUCUGUGACCAUUGUGACAAAGAAUUUGAAACUAGCUGUCAGUUAGGGUCGCAUAAGAAAGUAGCACAUGAUCAAGAAACAGCCAUCUGCGCUCAUUGCAAUGGAAGAUUUCCGGCAUCCGACCUUUUGAGUCAUGUCAAGAUGUUCCACCGCGAUGAAAAACUGGUCAAAUGCAACUACUGUAAGAAAAGAUUCACCAAAUACGGCAUGAAAGAACACAUCGAGCAAGUGCACAAUAAACCCGGAUUCAAGUGUGCUCAGUGCAAUCAGAUGAUUCCUUCCAGACAAAUGAGAUACCACGCAAAGAUCUGUUUCUCAGCAUCACAGCAAAUGCAAAAUAACCAGAUGCUAAGAGCCCAAGAAAAGCAGGUCACGGAAAAUCGAUGCAAAAGAUGCAAUGAACGCUUCAAUACCUUCAGCGAUCUGUCGAAGCAUCUGGAUAGCGAUCACGAAAUAGAGCCAAGAACGUGUGAAUAUUGUGGCAAGGUGUUCACUUUGGCAAAGUAUAUCCCUCAACACUUGAAGUCCCUUCAUAACCACCCAGCACCCUUCGAGUGCAAUUACUGCGUAUGUAAGUUCCAAUCACAGAACAGUUUGUCAAAGCACGUGCUUGGGUUACAUAUGAACAAAAACAUAUGUUUCAGUUCUAAAGAGGUACGAUUCAUUCAGGGAGAGGAGAGUGAAAGUCUAGGUCUUUAUGUUUGCAUUAAGUGCAACGAGGCCUGCGAGUCACCCAGUGAGCUGGAGACGCACUUGGAGGCUGUACACAAACGCCCACCGUCACGUAGGUGUGAUGUCUGCAACACUUACCUUAGCUCCACUAAAGCUCUGGCUCUUCAUAUGAUGUUGUGUCAUGGCACAUGGAGACCGUAUCAGUGUCAGUAUUGCGGCUAUUACUUCAAGUGCGAGACAAGUAUUAUUCGCCACAUGGAAAGCAACCACAUAGGAGUGACUCCUGCUCAAGCAUCUGUUUUUGAGCAAGCAGUAGGGCAUCGGGGUUUGGCUUCUCAAUCAGCUCUGAGGAACAUACAGGGUGUAGCAGGGACUUCAAAACAAAGCUCGCCGGGACAUGAGGACAUGCAUCAGGAAUUGACUUGUGGUACAGUUCAGCAACAACAAUUCUCAAGCACAGGCGUACAGCCUCAGCAACCGGUCUCUGGAUUGAGAUCAGUGGGAGUUGAAAAUCGGCCUGUGCAGAGGCGGGUUACGGAGCAGAAGGUAUCCCCUUCCGAACCUGAGGCAGAUAACUCUGCUCAAGCGUUAACCCAACUGAAGAUACAACUCAAGAUAGACGAAGUUAGACCUUUCAAAUGUAAGUACUGCGUCCUUCAGUUCGAAUCAAAGAAGAUCUUAGUAAGCCAUCUGCUGGCAAUUCAUUUGAAACAACACACACCCUUUAGUGAAGAGCCGUCAACGAUGGGAAACAAAGCAUUUCAUCUGUGUACAAAGUGCAAAGUAACUUUCUCUCAUUUUAGUGAGCUCUUAAAGCACACGAAAUCUGCACACAAUUACUUGCCUUCAGAUAACUGUGAGGUAUGCCACCAUACAUUCUCCUCCGCCGAACAUGUGUCAAAACACUUUUGGACAGCACAUGUCACUAAAAGACCUUAUAAGUGUCAGGAUUGUGGAUACUAUUUCCAGUCCGAAGAUGAUGUAUUAAACCACAUCAAAAGGAACCAUCCCGACCUGAUACCAUUAUCAGUUGAAGAACAAGUCAAUAUACAAGAAUGUCUGGUUACAAAAAAUGUUCCGAUGACGCAUAGUCCUCUGGAACAAGUUGCACCUCAACAAAUCCAUGUUACGGACCAACUUCCAAUACAUCGAAAUCCUGCUCAGGGACAAGUUCCACUUCAUCAGAUUCCAGUUUCGAUACAUGCUCAAUUGCAUCACUAUGCCGUUUUACAACAAGUUCAAAUGAUUCAUAAUCCAUAUCUGCAUGAUCAGGUCUUUCAACCAGUCUUACCACAGCAGAACCUGGUUCCAAAUCACGUCACUGGAGGUAAAAUCCAGGAGGACGAGGGGCAACGGGAACCAGCUUCAGUCGAUGAAGGGCAAGACGAAAGGUAUGAAAGACAACGACUAAAUGAAGUCCAGGAAAUUGAGGGACGGCAACCUGAUUUAGUCCAGGAAGAUUAUAUACCCGGAACAGUGCGACAAGAACCAAAUUUUACAGCUGUAACAAUGGAAAGAGAGCCUGAAAUGGUUGGGGAGGAAAACAUGAUUCCUUCUGCCACCUCCGCACUUACAAAUCUUUAUUCUCUUGAGGUAGGGCAAAGCGAAUCACAGGAAGAUCUUUUACCAAAUUAUGAAUGUAGAAAAUGUGGCAAGUGGUAUAAUGCGUUUAGAGCUUUGGUAUAUCAUAUGAAAACUGUUCACGACUGUCUCCCACCUACUACCUGUGAUCUGUGCGGCAAGGAGUUCAAGAAUGCCGAGUAUAUGACAAAACAUAUAAGGAUGGUUCACCACAAACUAUGGCCGUACAGGUGCGAACAUUGUCACAGACAAUUUCCCUCGAAAGUUGGCUUUGAUAGGCAUAACCGUCUAUGUCAUCUUUGUGGAACAGUAAUGAAGAUGGCAAAAAAUGUUACGAAACAUGUUUUGAUGUGCCAUGGAGGAAAUCAGCCGUAUAAGUGUAAGUUCUGUGGAUGUCCUUUCUCUAGCAAAAAAGGAAAAACGCGCCAUGUUAAAUUGAUGCAUUGUAAGCAACGGCCCCCUAAAAUUUGCAAAAGACGGAAACAGAUUUUAGAGGAGCUCAUUGGACAAGAGUCGGGUAUUGAGUCAGAAAUGUUCCUGUAUGAACAAGUUUCGCAGCCAAUAGCAGUGCAGGAUAAACAACAUUCCCAGCCAAUAGCAGUGCCGGAUGAACAAGUUUCGCAGCCAAUAGCGGUGCAGGAUAAACAACAUUCCCAGCCAAUAGCAGUGCUGGAUGAACAAGUUUCGCAGCCAAUAACAGUGCUGGGUGAUCAAGUUUUGCAGCCAAUAGCGGUGCAGGAUGAACAAGUUUCGCAGCCAAUAACAGUGCUGGGUGAUCAAGUUUCGCAGCCAAUAGCGGUGCAGGAUGAACAAGUUUCGCAGCCAAUAGCAGUGCUGGAUGAACAAGUUUCGCAGCCAAUAACAGUGCUGGGUGAUCAAGUUUCGCAGCCAAUAGCAGUGCUGGAUGAACAAGUUUCGCAGCCAAUAACAGUGCUGGGUGAUCAAGUUUCGCAGCCAAUAGCGGUGCAGGAUGAACAAGUUUCGCAGCCAAUAGCAGUGCUGGAUGAACAAGUUUCGCAGCCAAUUGCAGUGCUGGAUGAACAAGUUUCCCAGCGAUUAACAGUGCUGGAUGAACAAGUUUCGCAGCCAAUAUCAGUGCCCGAAGAACAAGUUUCGCAGCCAAUAUCAGUGCCCGAAGAACAAGUUUCGCAGCCAAUAACAGUGCAGGAUGAACACGUUUCACAGCUAAUAGCAGCGCAGGAUAAACAACAUUCGCAGCCAAUAGCAGUGCUGGAUGAACAAGUUUCGCUGUCAAUAGCAGUGCAGGAUGAACACGUUUCACAGCUAAUAGCAGCGCAGGAUAAACAACAUUCGCAGCCAAUAGCAGUGCCGGAUGAACAAGUUUCGCUGUCAAUAGCAGUGCAGGAUGAACACGUUUCACAGCUAAUAGCAGCGCAGGAUAAACAACAUUCGCAGCCAAUAGCAGUGCUGGAUGAACAAGUUUCGCAGCCAAUAGCAGUGCUGGAUGAACAAGUUUCGCAGCCAAUUGCAGUGCUGGAUGAACAAGUUUCCAAGCCAUUAACAGUGCUGGAUGAACAAGUUUCACAGCCAAUAUCAGUGCCGGAAAAACAAGUUUCGCAGCCAAUAACAGUGCCGGAUGAACAAGUUUCGCUGUCAAUAGCAGUGCAGGAUGAACACGUUUCGCAGCUAAUAGCAGUGCAGGAUAAACAAAAUUCGCAGCCAAUAGCAGUGCCGGAUGAACAAGUUUCGCAGCCAAAAGCAGUGCUGGAUGAACAAGUUUCGCAGCCAAAAGCAGUGCUGGAUGAACAAGUUUCGCAGCCAAUAACAGUGCCGAAUGAACAAGUUUCGCAGCCUAUAACAGUGCCGGAUGAACAAGUUUCGCAGCCAAUAACAGUGCUGGAUGAACAAAUUUUGCAGCCUAUAACAGUGCCGGAUGAACAAGUUUCGCAGCCAAUAACAGUGCCGGAUGAACAAGUUUCGCAGCCAAUAACAGUGCAGAAUAAACAAGAUUCACAGCAAAUAGCGGUUCAGGAUGAACGAACAGAACCUUUCACACGACAGAAAUAUCCUUUGUUCGAGAUAUCACAGCAAGACCAUGAUUUGGAGUCAGAAAUAAUGUUGAAAGAAACAGUUUUUUGGCCAGUCAGGGUUAAGCAAGAAUCUGCUCUGGAAUCAGAAACGCCGGAACAAGAGCCAUUUUUGGAUACGGUAGUAGUGAAGAUCGAGCCGGAUUUUGAGACUGUAGUGAUAAAGCAAGAAUCAGGUUGUCAGCAAAUUUUAGAGCAUCGAACAGUUGAUCGGCCACAAGAGCAUGCUUUCGAUCCAGUCAUUGCCCAUCAAGGUCCGGCAUCAAUUACAACAGAUCAUGAACAGAAGCCUACCAAGCAGGGCCUCCCAAAAGGGUAUAAAUGUAGCAAGUGCAGCGAUAUUUAUCAAUCAUUUAGCGAGUUGUCCAAACACAUGAAGGCAAUCCAUGGAUGUAAACCAACAAGGAAGUGUGAUUUGUGCGGCAAGCGAUUUUCCAGGCCGGAAACUGUCAGUAAGCACAUUUUACAAUAUCACGAGGCUAGAACUCCUCACCAAUGCCAAUUCUGUCCAUAUAAUUUCCCAUCGGAAGCACAUUUGAAGCGCCAUAUAAAAAAGACUCAUAAACCAGGUCAAAAAGACUUUAGAAUACGUGGGCGAGAAUUGAACCAUCUCAGAAGGACCCGGGGGACGGUCCUGGAACUAGAAGACUUGCAGCAGCAGCCAGUCUUUGAAGCAUCAGAAAAUGAAAUGCCGCAUUUCCAACUGGUUGUCUUGGAACAGCAAGAGUCGACUCACGAAAGGGAUACGGGGCUCCAUCAGAACCCCAUCGUGAGACUAUUGAUGGAGCCCCAAGAGUCCAUGGCAAGCAAUGAAGUAGAAAAAGACCCAUCAAUAAUCUCGGAAUCGGCCAAAGAGCAAAUCGAACAGUUUCAAAAAUCAGCUGAGAGUCCAACACAGUCAUUGGUGGAAACUUUUGUCCAGGUACAAGAACCAGUAUCGGUGGAUGCGAGGGACUAUGCUGAAAUAGCGAUCCCACAUAAUUGUAUUGAAUGUGGUGAGGUAUAUUUAACAUUUAGUGAGAUGUCCAAGCAUAUGAAAGCUGUUCACAAUUCUCGGCCAUCCAGCACAUGUCAUGUAUGUGGUAAAAUAUUAUGUAAAGCUGAAUACGUUGCUGUACAUGUAAAGAUGGUCCACGAGCGAAGCAGGCCUCACCAGUGUGAGUAUUGUGCAACUCGUUUUGCUUCCAAGAGUAGCUUAUCACUCCACAUCAGAAAAUUCCAUAAAAUAACAAAGCAUUAUAUUUCGCCCUUGAAAGGACCUGUUAUUGGCCGUGCAAUUGAUCAUGAACGGGACUCGAAGCCAAAGCAAAUACGAGAAAAACUAAAACCCACAGAAAACGUUGUGCAAUACCAAGAACCCUUACAAUCACAGAAACUGAUUUGGAAACAAGUUAUGAACGGACAACAGGAUCCGGGUCUGGAACCAGAUUUGUCACUACAAGAGGGGGUAUUAAAACCAAUUUUGCAACGACAGGAACCAGUUUUGCAAUUACAACAACCAGAAGCGGAACCAGUUUUGCGACCGCAAAAAACGGUUUCAACACCAGUUCGGCAACCGCAACAGCCAGUCCUGAAACCAGGUGUUCAGCGGCGGCAAGAACCAACUGGGCCAGCUGGGCUAACAAAGCAAUCGUCUCAGGAAGCAGCUUUGCAACGAGAACAUGAGCAGAGAUUAAGGGUAGUGGGAAAUGAGCAAGGAGAACUCCCUUUUCAGUGUACCAGAUGUAGAAGUCGUUUUGCAUCGUUUGGCGAAAUGUCUAAACACAUGAGGACACUCCACAACACACGUCCAUCGAAAACAUGUAACCUCUGUCAGAAGACUUUUUGUACUGCAGAAUACGUUUGGGUACACAAUAAGAUGGUCCAUGAACGAUCUAGACCGUACCGUUGUGAGUAUUGUGGAUGGCAUCUCGCUUCAAAGAGCAACUUAACACUUCACAUCAAAAGGAUUCAUAAACGAACACAGAGUGACACCCUAGCUUCAGAACUACAGAAGGAGCCUUUGGAAACAGUCGUGGAAACGGGAGACCAAACCUCGAAAAUGAACGAUGGAAAAAGUACAGAUGGAACAGUAUUCAACCAGCAGAUUGUUGACCUGGAACAAGAUAAGGGAACCCAACCCAACCAAGUACUCAACCAAUAUAACCCGCUACUUAGAAAAAUAUUUCAUUCGAGACAAGACAAGCGUGACGAGCUUUCAUUUUACAACCAGCGCCUACUGGAGUCUGAACAGGACAUGGAACAUAAAGAUGACUCAGUAUGCAGACAACAACUAGAAAACACAAAACCGGACAAGGAACAUGAGCAUCAAGUCAUGUCAGUAGUUCCUGACAAGCGAGCAAAGAAAGUCCAACCACUGUUGUGUCAAGAUGAACCAAUGGCCAAGAAGGACUAUCUAGUCUUGCAAGCAGACGCGAGGCAUUUACAAGCAGCGAGUUUACAAAUAGCUGGCACAAGAAGCCCUCAAACACCAAUAGAGUAUAAAUGUAACAAAUGCAGCAAUUCAUAUGUCUCGUUUAGCGAGAUGAAGAAGCAUAUGAGGACCGUCCACAAUUGCCGACCAUCCAAGACUUGCGAACUGUGUGGUAAGAAAUUUUGUACGCCGGAGUAUGUCGCCAAACAUGUGAGCAUGGUACACGGGAAGGAAAGACCCUACAGGUGCAUACAUUGUGACAGGGGAUUUACCUCGAAGAUCAACUUGACUAACCACCCUUGCAGAUCCGAGGUUGAAAGCUCUAGUGAGGAACAACCAACGACGGAAAUCUCGAUGUUUAGAAAUCCAUACUCAAGCGAAGUAAAGCAAACAGAAGACUUUGAACUAGCGUUAAGUGAGGAUGAACCAGCUACUGAACAAGCCGUGGAUGUAGAUGGACCAACCAUUGAAUCAAUCUUCAGGGUGGAUACACCAGCCGUCAAACCAAUCGUCAGUGUAGAUGGGCCAACAAUUGAACCAAUCGUCAGAGUGGAUGCAACAACCGUCGAACCAAUCAUCAGUGUUCAUGCGCCAACAAUUGAACCAAUCGUCAGGGUGGAUGCACCAACCGUCAAACCAAGCGUGAGUGUAGAUGCGCCAACAAUUGAACCAAUUGUCAGGGUGGAUGCACUAACCGUCGAACCAAUCGUGAGUGUAGAUGCGCAUACAAUUGAACCAAUCGUCAGGGUGGAUGGACCAGCCGUCGAACCAAUCGUCAGUGUAGAUGCACCGAGUAAUGAGCCAACCGUCGGUGUGGAUGGACCAGCCAUUGAACUAAUCGCCAGUACAUAUACACCAACCGUUAAACCAGUCUUCCGUGAAGAUCUAUCAGUCUUACAACCAGACGUGAUGAUUCCACCAAUACCGGAAAUGCAACAAACAGCCCCAGUAAGUCUUCAAACACCAAUAGAGUAUAAAUGUAACAAAUGCAGCAAUUCAUAUGUCUCGUUUAGCGAGAUGAAGAAGCAUAUGAGCACCGUCCACAAUUGCCGACCAUCCAAGACUUGCGAACUGUGCGGUAAGAUGUUUUGUACGCCGGAAUAUGUUGCCAAGCAUGUGAGCAUGGUACACGGGAAGAUGAGACCUUACAGGUGCAUACAUUGUGACAGGAGAUUUACCUCUAAGAUCAACCUGACUAACCACCCUUGCAGACCCGAGGUUCAAAACUCUAGUGACGAACGACCAACGACGGAAUUCCCAGUGUUCAGACAUCUAUACUCGAGCGAAGUAAAGCAAACAGAAGACUUUGAACUAGCGUUGAGUGACGAUGAACCAGCCGUUGAUGUAGAUGCACAAACCAUUGAACCAAUCGACAGUGUAGACGCACGUGCUAUUGAACAAAUUGCCAGCUUAGAUGACCCAACUAUUGAACCAACUGUCGGUGUGGAUGGACCUGCAAUUGAACCAACCUUCAGUGUAAAUGCACCAACUAUCAAACCAGUCUUCAAUGAAGAUUUACCAGUCUUACAAUCAGCCGUGAUACGUCCACCAGAGCCGGAAAUUCAACGAACAGCCCCAGUAAGUCCUCAAACACCAAUAGAGUAUAAAUGUAACAAAUGCAGGAAUUCAUAUGUCUCGUUUAGCGAGAUGAAGAAGCACAUGAGCACCGUGCACCAUUGCCGACCAUCCAAGACUUGCGAACUGUGUAGUAAGAUGUUUUGUAGGCCGGAAUAUGUCGCCAAACAUGUGAGCAUGGUACACGAGAAGGAAAGACCUUACAGGUGCAUACAUUGUGACAGGAGAUUUACCUCUAAGAUCAACCUGACUAACCACCCUUGCAGACCCGAGGUUCAAAGCUCAAGUGACGAACAACUAACGACGGAAUUCCCAGUGUUCAGACAUCUAUACUCGAGCGAAGUAAAGCAAACAGAAGACUUUGAACUAGCGUUGAGUGACGAUGAACCAGCCGUUGAUGUAGAUGCACAAACCAUUGAACCAAUCGACAGUGUAGACGCAUGUGCUAUUGAACCAAUUGCCAGCUUAGAUGACCCAACUAUAGAACCAACCGACAGUGUAGACGCAUGUGCUAUUGAACCAAUUGCCAGCUUAGAUGACCCAACUAUAGAACCAACCGUCGGUGUGGAUGGACCUGCAGUUGAACCAACCUUCAGUGUAAAUGCACCAACUAUCAAACCAGUCUUCAAUGAAGAUUUACCAGUCUUACAUCCAGACGUGAUGAUUCCACCGACGCCGGAAAUGCAAGAAACAGCCCCAGUAAGUCCUCAAACACCAAUAGAGUAUAAAUGUAACAAAUGCAGCAAUUCAUAUGUCUCGUUUAGCGAGAUGAAGAAGCAUAUGAGGACUGUCCACAAUUGCCGACCAUCCAAGACUUGCGAACUGUGUGGUAAGAUGUUUUGUACGCCGGAGUAUGUCGCCAAACAUGUGAGCAUGGUACACGGGAAGAUGAGACCUUACAGGUGCAUACAUUGUGACAGGGGAUUUACCUCGAAGAUCAACUUGACUAACCACCCUUGCAGACCCGAGGUUCAAAGCUCAAGUGACGAACAACCAACGACGGAACUCUCGGUGUUCAGAAACCUAUAAUCAAGCGAAGUAAAGCAAACAGAAGACUUUGAACUAGCGUUGAGUAACGAUGAACCAGCCACUGAACCAGCCGUUGAUGUAGAUGCGCCAACAAUUGAACCAAUCGUCAGGGUGGAUGCACCAGCCGCCGAACCAAUCGUGAGUUUAGAUGCGCCAACAAUUGAAAAAAUCGUCAGGGUGGAUGCACCAACCGUCGAACAAAUCGUGAUUGUAGAUGCGCAUACAAUUGAACCAAUUGUCAGGGUGGAUGCACCAACCGUCGAACCAAUCGUCAAUGUAGAUGCGCCAACAAUUGAACCAAUCGUCAAGGUGGAUGCACCAGCCGUCGAACCAAUCGUCACUGUAGAUGUACCAACUAUUGAACCAACCACCAGUGUAGAUGCACCAAGUAAUGAGCCAACCGUCGGUGUGGAUGGACCAACCGUCGAACCAAUCGUGAGUGUAGAUGCGCUUACUAUUGAACCAAUCGUCAAGGUGGAUGCGCCAGCCGUCGAACCAACCACCAGUGUAGAUGCACCAAGUAAUGAGCCAACCGUCGGUGUGGAUGGACCAGCUAUUGAACUAAUCGCCAGUGCAUAUACACCAACCGUUAAACCAGUCUUCCGUGAAGAUCUAUCAGUCUCACAACCAGACGUGAUGAUUCCACCAAUGCCGAAAAUGCAACAAACAGCCCCAGUAAGUCUUCAAACAC